ACUUGGAGCAGCUCUGCCGCGGGGACUGCACUGUCCGCCCUGCCAGACCCGCCCCGACUGGGGCUCGCCGUCGCCAGCAGUCACAGCCCUGCGACCUCGGGCCCUGCGCCGGCUAUGGCUGCGUCCUGGGACUGAGCCCGCAGGUUGUGUGACCGAGAUUCCCAAAAAGACAGAGACUGACAGAAGAAGAGAAGGAGGAGGGGCGGGCUCCUGGCAAGGCGUUCGCUCCUGAACAGAGUCCUGCAAAGAUGGAGAAGGAAGAGGAGACAACCCGGGAGCUGCUGCUACCUAACUGGCAGGGCAGUGGCUCCCAUGGGCUGACCAUUGCCCAGAGGGACGAUGGAGUCUUUGUACAGGAAGUGAUGCAGAACUCCCCUGCGGCCCGCACUGGGGUGGUCAAAGAGGGGGACCAGAUUGUGGGCGCCACCAUCUACUUUGACAACCUGCAGUCUGGUGAGGUGACCCAGCUGCUGAACACCAUGGGGCAUCACACUGUUGGCUUGAAGUUGCACCGUAAGGGGGACCGUUCCCCUGAGCCUGGACAGACCUGGACCCAUGAAGUCUUCAGCUCCCGUAGCUCCGAGGUGGUUCUGAGCACAGCACAGCCUUCAGCCCUGGACUGCAAAGACCAGACUAAACCCGAGGAAGCCAUCACCAAAGCUGGGGCAGCUUUGGUCUCUGCCCCAGACGCAGGGCUGUAGCAGUGGCCAGGAAGAAAGCUGCCCCCACUGGAAGUUGUUUCUGUGGCUGUUCUUUGGAGCAUUGUUCUAAAAAUGGGAAAUUACAUCUUGCCAUGCCAAAGGAAACAAACACCACAGUAAAAGGGACACCUUCCCUGAGGUGGCUUUUUGGAGCAUGCACAACUGGAGCUACAGCCACUUCUGGAUGGAGGCUGUGGUAGAACAGGCGCUUUCUUUUCUUACAAGGGAUGGGAUGUGGGCUUUUCUCUGCAAUUAGGGUGGGCUUCGGCAGCUAUGGGUAUAGGUGAUUGUCUACUUAUCCACCCAAUAAACAUUUGUCAAGCAUCAUCCGUUCUG